AUGUCUAAAUACGAUCAAAAAUAUCCUAGCCCCGAAGACUUCGAAGUCGCCAUAAUAUGUGCACUACCACUAGAAUACGACGCCAUCUUCCUUUUAUUUGAUGAAGAGUAUAACCAGAACGCAUGCGAUUCUGAUUAUAAGACAGGCCGCAUUGGGAAGCACAAAGUAGUGCUAGCUUUGCUCCAUAGGAUGGGUAAAGCUAGCGCCGCGAGCAAGGCAGCUGCCAUCAAAAAAGAUUUUCCUGAUAUAGAAUUGUCUUUCCUCGUCGGAAUCUGCGGGGGUGUGCCUUACUACAAGCAUAAAAAUGACCAGGAGGAAAUCCUACUGGGAGACGUAGCGAUCGGCAAUGCAAUCCGCCAAUACGACUUCGGGAAACAAUACCCAGGCGGCUAUUCCAUCACAGGGAGCUUGAAGAGCCCUGAAACAAAAACUAUUCUCACAAUGUUGACCAAGCUGCGGACGGAUAGCACCCUAAAACGCAUCCAACAACUGGCAGAAAAGAAUAUCAAAACCCUUCAAAUCAGUAACGACAUAUACAAAUAUCCAGGUGCCUCCGCGGACAAGCUAUUCAAACCGGAAUAUCGCCACCAACACCGCGGAUACCAGAACCCGAGCUGCGGUGCGUGUAGUAAUGGGUCGGAUUCAGGUUCGAUAUGCAACAACGCUGUGGACUCCUCGUGCGAAGAUUUGGGAUGCGAGCAGCAAUAUCUCGUACCGAGGAAUAAACUCUUGAGGAUGCCGAAUGGGAGUAUUCAUCUGCCAUCCAUUCACAUUGGGAUCAUCGGGUCAGGUGAUACCGUUAUAAAAUGUGGAGAACACCGUGACAGGCUCGCGAAGUCGAAUAACAUUAUCGCAUUUGAGAUGGAAGGUGCGGGUAUUUCUGAGGACAUACCGUGCAUCGUUAUCAAAGGUGUAUGUGACUACGCGGACUCCCACAAGAACAAGAAAUGGCAGGAUUUCGCAGCAGGGACAGCAUCUUCUGUGUUGAAAGCUAUCCUGGAACAUUUCGUCUUAUUCAACCACAAAGGGGAUAGAGUCCAGUCGCCUCCCCAGUCGCCGCCGCCGCCACCCUACUCACCCUUUGUACGAGCGAUUGCGAUUCCGGAACGAAUCGAAGAUCCAGAACGCAUGAAAAGGGUGCGUGAUAUACGAAAUAAGCUGCCGCACUUGGUCACCAGUAUUUCCGAUGAUCUGGCAAAUAGGUUGCGAUGGACUCCAUAUCUAAGUGCGGCCCCAUCCGCUAUUUGCGUCAUAGCGGCUUGCCUUGUUGCCGGAAAUCAAAAAACAACUAGUAUCAUUAAAGUCGAUAUUCAAUCAAUCGAGAUCGAAGGAAUCAAAAUCACGCCACGUAAAUAUCUUGGCGCAAACUUAGAAUAUUGCAGCCAACUUGGAAGGAAAGCAUUUAAUGAUGCUGAGACGAGGAUGGGUAGGCUUCGGAAUCAAGCCAAACUCAUGACAGGGAUGACAGGGCCUCUAUCACAAAUCGUGCAGAUACUCAAUGACUCCAAGCCCGACUUUUCCAGUCUUGAGAAGUGGAUGAAUAAUCUAGUCAAUUCGGCGGCCACCUGCCAGAGCGAAGCAAAGAUUAUGAAAUCUAACUUUGAAGCUCUCCUGGAAUUCAUAAUGGAGCUCAAGACACAAGCGAUAGAUGCAUGCUGUGAAAAUCAGAGUAAGUUGGAAGAGGAAGAAAAGGUUGUUAAGGCUACUAAGGAUAAGUUGGAAAAUGAAGAGAAGGCUGCUAAAACCGCAUCCGCUGCUCAGCUUCAAUUAGCUAAAGAGGAAAAAACUACAGUGGAGAAACAACUGGAUGAGGCGAGAAACCAGCUCAGGGUUGCACAAGGCAAAAUGGCCAAGAUCCUGGAAGCGAACCCCAGCACGUGGGCAAGCACUCAAUCUAGGAUUGAUGAAAUCAAUUCUGAGCUGAAUGGAAUUGACAAAGUACAAUCAGCCGAAAAAUCGGUGCUGGCUGUGUUUGGAGGACUUUUGGGGAUUGGGAAGCGGGCUCGUAAAGAGCAGAAUGAGCGCAAAAACAAGUUGCUAGGUGACCGCGAAAACCUUCGGGGCGAGCAAGAACAAGAGAUGAAAAAAAUGAAUGAAGAUCAACAAGACGCUAUAAAAGUUGUCGAGAUCUGGCAGGCGAAGGUUUUGGAGGCGGAACAAGAGCUAAAUGAGUUUCAAAAGAAUUAUAUCUCCCUUAUUGAGGGGCAAAAUCAACCAGCAGAGUCUCUUGGUAUUGCAUGCGAGGAUCUUAAGGCAUUAUCUGAUCAAUCUCUCGACUUGGAAACUAUUUCUGUGAUUUUAAACCGCUCGAUCGCUGCAUUAAAGAAGUUAAACCAAUACAUUGAAAAAAUGACUCGAUUUUUCGUCGAAGUGUCAUCAUAUGUCGACGAUACUAUGAGGGACCAGCUAGGCCAUUUCAGGGAGCAGACGGGGGACGUUGAAAGGUUAACACAGUCGCGAACACUAGAGGAAAACGAAAUUCAUAAGACGAACGCUAUCGUGUCGGCAUUGGAUCUGCAUGGUCGCUUUACUCUUAUUAAGAAUAUUGCUAGCGUUUAUAUUGAUGUGUCUGAAAAGUAUAUCACGCCGGGAGCUAACAAGAUGGAUGACCUUACAUUUAACGAUAUGGACAAUUAUGAGGAGCAAGUGAACGAGUUUCAGAAAUGGGGUGAAAAGGCGGUAACUGAAAUUGAGGCAUUAGCAAAAGAAACAAACAAGAAGAUAGAGCAGGAUGUCUAUAAAAACAUGGCAUCGCUCGCCCGAAAGCAAAUAGGAUUCGAAGAAUUGUUUAAUAGUUACGAGACUGAGUAA